CAUCAAAGGAGCUUUUAGCUCUUAAGCCAUAAACAGCGUAUUUCUUUUGAGCCUUGUUACAUCUUUAAGGACACAUCAUAGCAGUAGCCUGAGAUUAGCCCAAAGGCCUUCUGCCAUUGCCGACAUGGCAACAACGAGGACUUCGGCCCUCCCUUUGCUCGGACUCACAAUAUGGCUUUUGACCCUUACACCGUCUGUCUAUACCGCCAGUCACUUCUGUGAAAGACAAUGGGAAAACACAAUCCGAGAACAACAUCCUUGCUGUGAAUUCUUUGACUACGUUCUUGGAAAAGAAGGACAACCGGCUAUGAACCUGGAAUGGAGCAAACCAGCUGACCAAUUCAAUCCCAAUAACUGCACAGAGCCUUGUACCUUCUCACGGGUCGAGCACGCUACGAACAUUUCCUGCUGUGAUGGCUGGAAAGGAACUGAGUGUGACGAACCCGUAUGUAACCCACCGUGUGCAAACGGAGGGUCAUGUGUGGAGACCGAGACCUGGGCAUCGGCGUUGCCAAAGUGCAACUGUCCGGACCCUUACAUCGGCCGUGCCUGUGAGGAGAACCUCAACUCCAUCAAGAGUGGCUUGAAGUAUUGCUACAGUGGCAGCAAUUGUCAAGGCAAGCUGGUAAGCGCUGAGGCUCAGAACAUCACAAGCUGCUGUAAAGUAGGCUUCACUGGCUCUUGGGGAAGUCAAAUACCAUCCUACGGAUGCGCCUCUUGUAACCCAAAUGCUACUAUUGUCGUAAACAACACCCUGGACAUCAACACUUGUAUGACAUCUGGUGAUGACGAAUACCGCACUUUCGAUGGUAUCUACUACAGAUAUGCUUCACAAUGCGCCGUCGGUCUAGUAGUGUCUCCUCAAAUUCAGAUCUACGCUGUGACUGAAUGUGAUCCAAUGGACAAAUGUACUUGUCAAAAGAUCCUCACAGUUAUUCUAAAUCUGGAUGUACAACGUACAUAUACAUUGGAAGGCUCAAUUCUUACAUUUUCAGAUGGAGCAACCACAGAUACAGUUGAUAUCUCAAAACGACCUGAUAAUGUACCUUUCGUUGUUGACAAGCCAGGUUUCCUGAAUGUGAUAUACAACAAUGAUCAGAAGACUGUUUAUACAAUGGUGCCUGCAUUAGGUCUUAGCAUGAGGACAGAGCCUGAUGGAACAUGCAUGGUGACUGUUAAGAAAAACUCAGUUUUGAAGGGUAGCUUGGCUGGUGCUUGUGGUGAUAUGGAUGGAUCUGCUGAUGAUGAAAUUGGACUCCAAACACAGAAUGGUGCUGAAAGAGUUUUUGAAAAAUACAAGAAUACCAACCUCGCAUGUGGCAAGGGUGUUCAGAAAUGUGCAACUCCUGAAGAUGAUGCUAAAGCUACUAAAGCCUGCCAGCCAAUCACAACAGUUCUCUACAGAUGUAAUGAGAAGUUGGAGCCUAGUAGCUUCACAGAGAAAUGUAAAGCAUAUUAUUGCACAUCCCUAAAUGCUGCUGGAGUUGAGGCUGCUCAGAAAGCUGCUUGCAAUGUCUUGUCUAAAUAUCAGAAGAUGUGCACUCUACAAACUGGAGAAGCUAUCAAUUGGAGAUCAAAAACUCUUUGCCCAAAAACAUGUAACCAACCACUACAGUAUAAUGGUUUGAUCACCAACAAAUGUCCAUUGACCUGUGGUGCUGCUAUGCAGUCAUAUGCACGAAGCAGCUGUAUUACUCAGCCUUAUGGUGGCUGUGAAUGUCCGUCUGGUCUGGCAAGAAUCAACAACACCUGCGUGGCACCAAGUGCUUGCCAAUGUCAAGGUGAUGAUGGUCGAUUCUAUAACAAUGGAGAAAAGGUUGUUUCUGGAGAUAAAUGCAGAGAAUGCACUUGUGGAAAAUAUGGUCUUUGGAGCUGUGUAGAAAGUUCAGAAAAGUGUAUGGCUACUUGCGAUGUACCUGGAGGGGAAUCUGUCAAGACCUUUGAUGGCAAAUUGUUUGGAAUUAAAAGUGGCUGUCAAGAACUUACACUUGUUGAGAGCUCUGACACAAAAUAUAAUGUUCAGAUCAAAUACCAACCAGCAGCCACUAAUAUAGAUGACAGCGGAGAUUUAAUAAAUCCAUCAGCCCUUACGUUCAAUUAUCAAGGACAGUCAUCCACCAUUCGUAUACAAAAGACUGGUGCUAUCAUUGAAAAUGGCUUUACAGCUAAUAUAUAUAUAAGGCAAAUAGCUAAGAAUGUGUUUGUAUUUGACUUUAAGGGACUCAUUAGAGUCAUAAUGUCCAGAGAUGGUGCUCUUCAAUUAAGAAUGAAAACAUCAGUUUUUGCUGGAAAGCUUCGUGGUGUUUGUGGUAAUAUGGAUCGUAAUAAAGAUAAUGACUUCAUGUCUCCAUCUAAUUCACAAAUGGAUGGUGAACAGUUCCUCCAAAUGUAUUCUAAAUGUAGUGAAGGAUCAUUUAAAGAUAUAUCUCCUGUAGCAUCAGAUAAAGUUUGUAGUCAAAUGAAUGAUGUAGCAUUGCCACCAAAUUCAAGAGUUGAUGUUGAUAAAUAUGUUCUCUUGUGUAACAAUGCUGAAAAUGUAGCAGGCCGAUGCACUGUUCUUAAAAAUUUUGCCAUGUCAGCCAGAAUAAAUUUUGCCACAUCUUUCAGCAACAUUACUGAGUGCACUGGUUCAGCUUGUGCUUCUAAAGAAAUAGAUGUCUGUGACUCGAACUGUAGGGAUAAUAUGUACCCAAAUUGUGAGAGUGAGAAAAUCUACUCCUGUGGCUGCCAAGAAGGUGAAUACGUCAACAAAGAUGGAGUCUGUGUGCCUGAGGAUCAGUGUGGUUGCAGUGAUUUCACAAGACCCAAUGAAGUUAUUGAGCCUGAUGCUGAAAUUGUACAAGGAUGCAAUGAAUGUGUCUGUAAAGGCAGAGAUCUGCAGUGUACUGAAAGCUGUGAUGAAGUAAUCUGUGCCAAUACACAAGUUUCCAGAAGUGACUUGCUGGAAAAUGCCACAGACACUUCAUGUCUCAGACAGAUGUGCCCCAAUAAGUAUUUAGUUGAGAAGCAGUGUAUUAAUGUUCCAGCCAGCCCACAGUUGUGCUUCUGUAGAGAAGGAUACAAACAGACCCAGACUGGAUCCUGUGUAGCUAAAUGUCCUUGUUAUGAAGGUGGUAGAUGGUAUGAUGACAAUGAAGUGCUAGAACAAAACUGCCAAAGAAAAAUUUGUCGUGAUGGUGUUUUUGAAUUUGAAUCCUCACGUCCUGAAGACUGCAAAGGUGUUUGUUUUGUGACUGGUGCUUCAAUGAAGAUAAAACAGUUUGAUUCAACAACACCUAGUGAUUUCUCAAUCACAGGACAGUGUAGUUACUAUGUAUUUAAAUCAGGAAAUGACCUAGAAGUUAUAGUUACUCCUCUACUUUGUGGAUCAGCUGAAAAAAAUUGCAUGAACAUGGUUAGUGUCAAAGAUUCAUCUCUAAGUGACACUAUAACUAUGACAUCUUCCCGUCCUGGAACUGUUCUAGUUGGAAGCAAAGAGUAUAGCAGCAAUGUGGGCCCAAACAUUAAAAUUGUCAACUCUAAAACUUAUGUCAGUUUGUUCAUUGGCAAAUAUGUAGAAAUACAUUGGACUGGAGCACUAUCUAUGUGGAUUGUGGUACACAAGGAAAUGUUUAACAAAACGUCUGGUAUUUGUGGUAACUUUAACAUGGAUGCAUCAGACGAUAAGAUGGGGAGUGAUAAUCUUCCCAAAGAAACUAUGAGCAAAUUGGCCAAGAGCUGGAUAGUCAACCAAGAUGAAUGUACCUCCUCAGAGGAACAGACUAUUGGAGAUACUUGUGAACACACAAGCCGUCAAACAUGGGCUGAAAAAUCUUGUAGUGUUAUCUUGGAAGGUGAAGCUUUCAGUCAAUGUCGUAAACAAAAUGCAGAAGCUAAAAGUUAUUAUGACAACUGUGUGAAACAAGCUUGCGCCUGUGACACUGGUGGAGAUUGCGAGUGUCUCUGUGAUGCAAUUGCACUCUUUGCUGCCCGUUGUAAUGAACUUGGGGCUUAUUCUAAAUGGAGACAUCAAAGAUUAUGCCCAAUCCAGUGUGAAUAUGGCAGUGAAUAUCAAGCUUGUGGAAAUGUGUGUCCUGAAGCCUGUGGAGUCCCUGCAAACAAUAACUGUUCAUGUGCAGAAGGUUGUUUCUGCCCUCCAGGAUACGUGAGAACAGAUCUGGACAGUAUGAAAGAAAUUGUCUGUAUUCCUAAAUCUGAGUGCCCAUGCAUCACUGAAAAUGGCAGAGAGGUAUUGCAGGGUCAAACUGCUACAAUUAACUGUCAAGAAUGUGAAUGCAAAGAUGGUGACUUAGUAUGCACUGGUGAUGUGUGCUCCAAUACUUGCAAUGAUGAUGAGUUUAGAUGCAACGAUGGACACUGCAUUAACGAGAAGUUAAAAUGCAAUGGUGUUGCUGACUGCAGAGAUGGUCUUGACGAAUUUGAUUGCAUAGGUGAAAUCUGCACUGGCUAUCUUUGUAGAAAUGAACAAUGUGUUUCCAAUACAUCAGUCUGUGACAAAAAAAUGGACUGUAUGGACAACAGUGAUGAAGCUUUGUGUGACAAGGAAUGUGAUGUAGGUGAAUUCAAGUGCUCCCACAGUACUUUCUGUAUUCCUCAAGACUAUGUCUGUGAUGGCAACAUGGAUUGUUGGUAUGGUGAAGAAGAGUUCAACUGUACUGCUUGUCCACACAAUGAGACCCACUGUAACCAGACAUACUGUAUACCUAAAAACUAUCAUUGUGAUGGUCAUGAUGACUGUGGAGAUGGAUCAGAUGAGAUUGGUUGCACCUACCCGUUGACUACAACACCAAAAAAAUGCUUAUAUAAAAGUGAAGUAAUCAAUAAACCUGGAAAUGGAAUCAGCAUAGAAUCAACUACUGGUUUCGGAGAAAAUGCAUUUACUAAAGAGGGAGUGUCUCCUGCGAAAGGUGAACAAAUCACCAUUACCAUUUAUGCUGACAAAGAUACGCAUGCAGCAUUGAAUAGCAUGGUCUUCCGUGUGCUCAAUGCUAAUGGGACAAUCUAUAGAGUGAUUAUCACCACACCAGAGGGUACUCUUCUAAUUCAGGAGUCUCCAGUUAUUGGUGAUCAAGUUACCAUUAUUCCUGAAAUUGAAGGGAAUAAGGGGUUAUUUGAGAAAAUAGCUAUAACAGCCAGUGGCACUAUUGCAGGCCUAUCUCUGGAUAUCUGUUAUGAACCUUUAGUCACUCCUAGUGAGACCACUCCAGAGACUACAACAACACCAGCAUUGGAGUGUGAUGAAGGAUCUCAGCCUCUGACAGAUGAAUACUUUGGACCAUCUUCAAUACCCACUGAUGGUGUUUUCAGAACAGAUGAAAAUGGAAACAUUAGGUUGUUAUUGAACCCCUCAUCUAAUGUUGAACUAGAUGUGCUAUUUGGAAUAACGUUGGAUAUAUCCAGAACAAAUUUUGCAGAAAUUGCCAUAUAUAAAAGAGACGGAACUAAAUUUUUAGAAACGAUCAAUACAGCUGGUAAAUCUUCUCUGUAUUACCCAAUUGAAAAUGGGAUCAACAUUAAGUCUGUUGAAAUAAAAUUAGAUGUUGAUAGAUCAAAUCCAGAUGCAGCAUCUGCAAAAUAUGUAGGAGCAGAAGGAUGUGCCAGACCUAAGAAAUGUACAUCUGGAUACUGCAAAGGUGAAUGUUUGGACCAGUAUGAUAAUUUAUGCUCUUCACCUUGUCCACCUUUGGCAUGUGCUACAACUCCAAGUACAACCAUAUCAACUAUAAAGACAACACCAGUAACUGAAACAACAGUGACUGAAAUAACAGAAACUACAGCCACUGAAUCAACAUCCAUGCCAACAGUAUCUACAUCGACUGGAACUGCCACAACUUCUGGGACUGCACCAACAACUGUUACACUUUGUUCCAACUCUAUGACAUCAGAAGAGGCCAAUAGUAUAUCAUCCCCAUUUUUAGGCAGUAACUCUGCAAAUGACAACCUUCAUAUAGCCUAUAUUGAUAACAGUGACAAAACACUUCAAACUAUUAGUGCAUCUCCUGACUCAACUCUUCUGAUACCCAGUAAUAAGCUCACCUUUGAUUCUAAAGAUAAUUCAUUGGUUUAUGUUAUUUACAUUGUGCCUAUUAACAACAGUUUUCCAAAAUUUGGUUAUGACAUCAAAGACACAUAUGAUGCUAAAGUGGAUGUUUUAUACCUAUCAAAGAAUCAAAAAGCAUACAUAGUAUAUGUACAUGUAUCAGGAACAUUAAAUUUUGAUGCUGCUGCCUUUGGACCCUCUGAUUUUGUAUACAUUCCAAAGCAACUAAACUCUGUGACAGUUAAUGAUCUUCAGAGUCAGAGUAUUAUAUUCAUUGGAACUGAUAAACCAAAUGAUUUAAAAUUUGAAUCAUGUAGAGAACAACCACAAGGAUCAGAGCCAACAGGAGUGUCUGAAAGCACACCAUCACCACCAGCAGAAGAAACAACAACUGCUGGACCUUGUGGUGUAUCCAUGACACGUCAACCAGUUGAUAGCAAAUUUAACCCUGUCACAACCAACUUACCAAGCUCUGAAGAUAUUCCCCAAAUUGGUGUCAUUGAUAAUUCUCGUGGAAAGCUCCAAACUAUUGACUUACCUAAUGGAGGCCAAGUGUUGGUUCCUGUAGAUGAGAGAACUUUUAAUCCUGUUGAGGAAUCCAAACCAAUAUACUUUACAUAUCCUAAAGAUUCUUCUAAUGAUGUGCCAGAAGAUAUCAAAAAUAUUCCUGGACUAAGUACAGUCUACAUAGUUAGUCCCCCAGGAGCUCCAGAUGAAUUUCUUGUACUGGUAGUAAUAAAACCUACAGAGUCAUUUACUGUUCCAGACAAAGGAACUCCUUAUAUCCCCUUGAAUGAUACAUCUAGUACAUUACCAAAACUGAAGGAGGAAAAAACUGUGUUUGUAGUAAUCCCUAAAGACACUACUGUAAAAUAUGAAGUCUGUGAAGAAAUAACAACUGCAACUCCCUCAACACAAUUUACAACAGAAGCAACCACAACAGGAGCAACAACACCAGGAACUACCACAUCAGGAAGAACAGGAGCAACAACAACAGGAGCAACCACAUUGGUAACAACAGGAGGAACCACUUCAGGAACAACAGGACCAACCACAUCUGGAAGUACAGUAACAACUGCUGGACCUUGUGGUGUAUCCAUGACACGUCAACCAGUUGAUAGCAAAUUUAACCCUGUCACAACCAACUUACCAAGCUCUGAAGAUAUUCCCCAAAUUGGUGUCAUUGAUAAUUCUCGUGGAAAGCUCGAAACUAUUGACUUACCUAAUGGAGGCCAAGUGUUGGUUCCUGUAGAUGAGAGAACUUUUAAUCCUGUUGAGGAAUCCAAACCAAUAUACUUUACAUAUCCUAAAGAUUCUUCUAAUGAUGUGCCAGAAGAUAUCAAAAAUAUUCCUGGACUAAGUACAGUCUACAUAGUUAGUCCCCCAGGAGCUCCAGAUGAAUUUCUUGUACUGAAUGAUACAUCUAGUACAUUACCAAAACUGAAGGAGGAAAAAACUGUGUUUGUAGUAAUCCCUAAAGACACUACUGUAAAAUAUGAAGUUUGUGAAGAAAUAACAACUGCAACUCCCUCAACACAAUUUACAACAGAAGCAACCACAACAGGAGCAACAACACCAGGAACUACCACAUCAGGAAGAACAGGAGCAACAACAACAGGAGCAACCACAUUGGUAACAACAGGAGGAACCACUUCAGGAACAACAGGACCAACCACAUCUGGAAGUACAGUAACAACUGCUGGACCUUGUGGUGUAUCCAUGACACGUCAACCAGUUGAUAGCAAAUUUAACCCUGUCACAACCAACUUACCAAGCUCUGAAGAUAUUCCCCAAAUUGGUGUCAUUGAUAAUUCUCGUGGAAAGCUCCAAACUAUUGACUUACCUAAUGGAGGCCAAGUGUUGGUUCCUGUAGAUGAGAGAACUUUUAAUCCUGUUGAGGAAUCCAAACCAAUAUACUUUACAUAUCCUAAAGAUUCUUCUAAUGAUGUGCCAGAAGAUAUCAAAAAUAUUCCUGGACUAAGUACAGUCUACAUAGUUAGUCCCCCAGGAGCUCCAGAUGAAUUUCUUGUACUGAAUGAUACAUCUAGUACAUUACCAAAACUGAAAGAGGAAAAAACUGUGUUUGUAGUAAUCCCUAAAGACACUACUGUAAAAUAUGAAGUCUGUGAAGAACGACCUCCUGGAUCAGAAUCAACAAGUGUUUCUCAAAGUACACCAGCACAGCCAACUGAAACUGAAACAACAUCACCAACAGUUACUUUGCCAGUUGGAUCUAGUACAUCCUCUGCACCUACAGUUUCUGUAACUGAAACAGUAUCAGAAACAACAGUACCAUCCACAUCAGGAACAACAGGAGCAACAACACCAGGAACAACCACAUCAGGAAGAACAGGAGCAACAACAACAGGAGCAACCACAUCAGGAACAACAGGACCAACCACAUCUGGAAGUACAGUAACAACUGCUGGACCUUGUGGUGUAUCCAUGACACGUCAACCAGUUGAUAGCAAAUUUAACCCUGUCACAACCAACUUACCAAGCUCUGAAGAUAUUCCCCAAAUUGGUGUCAUUGAUAAUUCUCGUGGAAAGCUCGAAACUAUUGACUUACCUAAUGGAGGCCAAGUGUUGGUUCCUGUAGAUGAGAGAACUUUUAAUCCUGUUGAGGAAUCCAAACCAAUAUACUUUACAUAUCCUAAAGAUUCUUCUAAUGAUGUGCCAGAAGAUAUCAAAAAUAUUCCUGGACUAAGUACAGUCUACAUAGUUAGUCCCCCAGGAGCUCCAGAUGAAUUUCUUGUACUGAAUGAUACAUCUAGUACAUUACCAAAACUGAAGGAGGAAAAAACUGUGUUUGUAGUAAUCCCUAAAGACACUACUGUAAAAUAUGAAGUCUGUGAAGAAAUAACAACUGCAACUCCCUCAACACAAUUUACAACAGAAGCAACCACAACAGGAGCAACAACACAAGGAACAACCACAUCAGGAAGAACAGGAGCAACAACAACAGGAGCAACCACAUUGGUAACAACAGGAGGAACCACUUCAUUAACAACAGGAGCAACCACAUCAGGAACAACAGGACCAACCACAUCUGGAAGUACAGUAACAACUGCUGGACCUUGUGGUGUAUCCAUGACACGUCAACCAGUUGAUAGCAAAUUUAACCCUGUCACAACCAACUUACCAAGCUCUGAAGAUAUUCCCCAAAUUGGUGUCAUUGAUAAUUCUCGUGGAAAGCUCCAAACUAUUGACUUACCUAAUGGAGGCCAAGUGUUGGUUCCUGUAGAUGAGAGAACUUUUAAUCCUGUUGAGGAAUCCAAACCAAUAUACUUUACAUAUCCUAAAGAUUCUUCUAAUGAUGUGCCAGAAGAUAUCAAAAAUAUUCCUGGACUAAGUACAGUCUACAUAGUUAGUCCCCCAGGAGCUCCAGAUGAAUUUCUUGUACUGAAUGAUACAUCUAGUACAUUACCAAAACUGAAGGAGGAAAAAACUGUGUUUGUAGUAAUCCCUAAAGACACUACUGUAAAAUAUGAAGUCUGUGAAGAAAUAACAACUGCAACUCCCUCAACACAAUUUACAACAGAAGCAACCACAACAGGAGCAACAACACAAGGAACAACCACAUCAGGAAGAACAGGAGCAACAACAACAGGAGCAACCACAUUGGUAACAACAGGAGGAACCACUUCAUUAACAACAGGAGCAACCACAUCAGGAACAACAGGACCAACCACAUCUGGAAGUACAGUAACAACUGCUGGACCUUGUGGUGUAUCCAUGACACGUCAACCAGUUGAUAGCAAAUUUAACCCUGUCACAACCAACUUACCAAGCUCUGAAGAUAUUCCCCAAAUUGGUGUCAUUGAUAAUUCUCGUGGAAAGCUCGAAACUAUUGACUUACCUAAUGGAGGCCAAGUGUUGGUUCCUGUAGAUGAGAGAACUUUUAAUCCUGUUGAGGAAUCCAAACCAAUAUACUUUACAUAUCCUAAAGAUUCUUCUAAUGAUGUGCCAGAAGAUAUCAAAAAUAUUCCUGGACUAAGUACAGUCUACAUAGUUAGUCCUCCAGGAGCUCCAGAUGAAUUUCUUGUACUGAAUGAUACAUCUAGUACAUUACCAAAACUGAAAGAGGAAAAAACUGUGUUUGUAGUAAUCCCUAAAGACACUACUGUAAAAUAUGAAGUCUGUGAAGAAAUAACAACUGCAACUCCCUCAACACAAUUUACAACAGAAGCAACCACAACAGGAGCAACAACACAAGGAACAACCACAUCAGGAAGAACAGGAGCAACAACAACAGGAGCAACCACAUUGGUAACAACAGGAGGAACCACUUCAUUAACAACAGGAGCAACCACAUCAGGAACAACAGGACCAACCACAUCUGGAAGUACAGUAACAACUGCUGGACCUUGUGGUGUAUCCAUGACACGUCAACCAGUUGAUAGCAAAUUUAACCCUGUCACAACCAACUUACCAAGCUCUGAAGAUAUUCCCCAAAUUGGUGUCAUUGAUAAUUCUCGUGGAAAGCUCGAAACUAUUGACUUACCUAAUGGAGGCCAAGUGUUGGUUCCUGUAGAUGAGAGAACUUUUAAUCCUGUUGAGGAAUCCAAACCAAUAUACUUUACAUAUCCUAAAGAUUCUUCUAAUGAUGUGCCAGAAGAUAUCAAAAAUAUUCCUGGACUAAGUACAGUCUACAUAGUUAGUCCUCCAGGAGCUCCAGAUGAAUUUCUUGUACUGAAUGAUACAUCUAGUACAUUACCAAAACUGAAAGAGGAAAAAACUGUGUUUGUAGUAAUCCCUAAAGACACUACUGUAAAAUAUGAAGUCUGUGAAGAACGACCUCCUGGAUCAGAAUCAACAAGUGUUUCUCAAAGUACACCAGCACAGCCAACUGAAACUGAAACAACAUCACCAACAGUUACUUUGCCAGUUGGAUCUAGUACAUCCUCUGCACCUACAGUUUCUGUAACUGAAACAGUAUCAGAAACAACAGUACCAUCCACAUCAGGAACAACAGGAGCAACAACACCAGGAACAACCACAUCAGGAAGAACAGGAGCAACAACAACAGGAGCAACCACAUCAGGAACAACAGGACCAACCACAUCUGGAAGUACAGUAACAACUGCUGGACCUUGUGGUGUAUCCAUGACACGUCAACCAGUUGAUAGCAAAUUUAACCCUGUCACAACCAACUUACCAAGCUCUGAAGAUAUUCCCCAAAUUGGUGUCAUUGAUAAUUCUCGUGGAAAGCUCGAAACUAUUGACUUACCUAAUGGAGGCCAAGUGUUGGUUCCUGUAGAUGAGAGAACUUUUAAUCCUGUUGAGGAAUCCAAACCAAUAUACUUUACAUAUCCUAAAGAUUCUUCUAAUGAUGUGCCAGAAGAUAUCAAAAAUAUUCCUGGACUAAGUACAGUCUACAUAGUUAGUCCCCCAGGAGCUCCAGAUGAAUUUCUUGUACUGGUAGUAAUAAAACCUACAGAGUCAUUUACUGUUCCAGACAAAGGAACUCCUUAUAUCCCCUUGAAUGAUACAUCUAGUACAUUACCAAAACUGAAGGAGGAAAAAACUGUGUUUGUAGUAAUCCCUAAAGACACUACUGUAAAAUAUGAAGUCUGUGAAGAAAUAACAACUGCAACUCCCUCAACACAAUUUACAACAGAAGCAACCACAACAGGAGCAACAACACCAGGAACAACCACAUCAGGAAGAACAGGAGCAACAACAACAGGAGCUACCACAUUGGUAAAAACAGAAGGAACCACUUCAGGAACAACAGGAGCAACCACAUCAGGAACAACAGGACCAACCACAUCAGGAACAACAGGAGCAACAACACCAGGAACAACCACAUCAGGAAGAACAGGAGCAACAACAACAGGAGCAACCACAUUGGUAACAACAGGAGGAACCACUUCAGGAACAACAGGAGCAACCACAUCAGGAACAACAGGACCAACCACAUCUGGAAGUACAGUAACAACUGCUGGACCUUGUGGUGUAUCCAUGAUACGUCAACCAGUUGAUAGCAAAUUUAACCCUGUCACAACCAACUUACCAAGCUCUGAAGAUAUUCCCCAAAUUGGUGUCAUUGAUAAUUCUCGUGGAAAGCUCGAAACUAUUGACUUACCUAAUGGAGGCCAAGUGUUGGUUCCUGUAGAUGAGAGAACUUUUAAUCCUGUUGAGGAAUCCAAACCAAUAUACUUUACAUAUCCUAAAGAUUCUUCUAAUGAUGUGCCAGAAGAUAUCAAAAAUAUUCCUGGACUAAGUACAGUCUACAUAGUUAGUCCCCCAGGAGCUCCAGAUGAAUUUCUUGUACUGGUAGUAAUAAAACCUACAGAGUCAUUUACUGUUCCAGACAAAGGAACUCCUUAUAUCCCCUUGAAUGAUACAUCUAGUACAUUACCAAAACUGAAGGAGGAAAAAACUGUGUUUGUAGUAAUCCCUAAAGACACUACUGUAAAAUAUGAAGUCUGUGAAGAAAUAACAACUGCAACUCCCUCAACACAAUUUACAACAGAAGCAACCACAACAGGAGCAACAACACCAGGAACAACCACAUCAGGAAGAACAGGAGCAACAACAACAGGAGCUACCACAUUGGUAAAAACAGAAGGAACCACUUCAGGAACAACAGGAGCAACCACAUCAGGAACAACAGGACCAACCACAUCAGGAACAACAGGAGCAACAACACCAGGAACAACCACAUCAGGAAGAACAGGAGCAACAACAACAGGAGCAACCACAUUGGUAACAACAGGAGGAACCACUUCAGGAACAACAGGAGCAACCACAUCAGGAACAACAGGACCAACCACAUCUGGAAGUACAGUAACAACUGCUGGACCUUGUGGUGUAUCCAUGACACGUCAACCAGUUGAUAGCAAAUUUAACCCUGUCACAACCAACUUACCAAGCUCUGAAGAUAUUCCCCAAAUUGGUGUCAUUGAUAAUUCUCGUGGAAAGCUCGAAACUAUUGACUUACCUAAUGGAGGCCAAGUGUUGGUUCCUGUAGAUGAGAGAACUUUUAAUCCUGUUGAGGAAUCCAAACCAAUAUACUUUACAUAUCCUAAAGAUUCUUCUAAUGAUGUGCCAGAAGAUAUCAAAAAUAUUCCUGGACUAAGUACAGUCUACAUAGUUAGUCCCCCAGGAGCUCCAGAUGAAUUUCUUGUACUGGUAGUAAUAAAACCUACAGAGUCAUUUACUGUUCCAGACAAAGGAACUCCUUAUAUCCCCUUGAAUGAUACAUCUAGUACAUUACCAAAACUGAAGGAGGAAAAAACUGUGUUUGUAGUAAUCCCUAAAGACACUACUGUAAAAUAUGAAGUCUGUGAAGAACGACCUCCUGGAUCAGAAUCAACAAGUGUUUCUCAAAGUACACCAGCACAGCCAACUGAAACUGAAACAACAUCACCAACAGUUACUUUGCCAGUUGGAUCUAGUACAUCCUCUGCACCUACAGUUUCUGUAACUGAAACAGUAUCAGAAACAACAGUACCAUCCACAUCAGGAACAACAGGAGCAACAACACCAGGAACAACCACAUCAGGAAGAACAGGAGCAACAACAACAGGAGCAACCACAUCAGGAACAACAGGACCAACCACAUCUGGAAGUACAGUAACAACUGCUGGACCUUGUGGUGUAUCCAUGACACGUCAACCAGUUGAUAGCAAAUUUAACCCUGUCACAACCAACUUACCAAGCUCUGAAGAUAUUCCCCAAAUUGGUGUCAUUGAUAAUUCUCGUGGAAAGCUCGAAACUAUUGACUUACCUAAUGGAGGCCAAGUGUUGGUUCCUGUAGAUGAGAGAACUUUUAAUCCUGUUGAGGAAUCCAAACCAAUAUACUUUACAUAUCCUAAAGAUUCUUCUAAUGAUGUGCCAGAAGAUAUCAAAAAUAUUCCUGGACUAAGUACAGUCUACAUAGUUAGUCCCCCAGGAGCUCCAGAUGAAUUUCUUGUACUGGUAGUAAUAAAACCUACAGAGUCAUUUACUGUUCCAGACAAAGGAACUCCUUAUAUCCCCUUGAAUGAUACAUCUAGUACAUUACCAAAACUGAAGGAGGAAAAAACUGUGUUUGUAGUAAUCCCUAAAGACACUACUGUAAAAUAUGAAGUCUGUGAAGAAAUAACAACUGCAACUCCCUCAACACAAUUUACAACAGAAGCAACCACAACAGGAGCAACAACACCAGGAACAACCACAUCAGGAAGAACAGGAGCAACAACAACAGGAGCUACCACAUUGGUAAAAACAGAAGGAACCACUUCAGGAACAACAGGAGCAACCACAUCAGGAACAACAGGACCAACCACAUCAGGAACAACAGGAGCAACAACACCAGGAACAACCACAUCAGGAAGAACAGGAGCAACAACAACAGGAGCAACCACAUUGGUAACAACAGGAGGAACCACUUCAGGAACAACAGGAGCAACCACAUCAGGAACAACAGGACCAACCACAUCUGGAAGUACAGUAACAACUGCUGGACCUUGUGGUGUAUCCAUGACACGUCAACCAGUUGAUAGCAAAUUUAACCCUGUCACAACCAACUUACCAAGCUCUGAAGAUAUUCCCCAAAUUGGUGUCAUUGAUAAUUCUCGUGGAAAGCUCGAAACUAUUGACUUACCUAAUGGAGGCCAAGUGUUGGUUCCUGUAGAUGAGAGAACUUUUAAUCCUGUUGAGGAAUCCAAACCAAUAUACUUUACAUAUCCUAAAGAUUCUUCUAAUGAUGUGCCAGAAGAUAUCAAAAAUAUUCCUGGACUAAGUACAGUCUACAUAGUUAGUCCCCCAGGAGCUCCAGAUGAAUUUCUUGUACUGGUAGUAAUAAAACCUACAGAGUCAUUUACUGUUCCAGACAAAGGAACUCCUUAUAUCCCCUUGAAUGAUACAUCUAGUACAUUACCAAAACUGAAGGAGGAAAAAACUGUGUUUGUAGUAAUCCCUAAAGACACUACUGUAAAAUAUGAAGUCUGUGAAGAAAUAACAACUGCAACUCCCUCAACACAAUUUACAACAGAAGCAACCACAACAGGAGCAACAACACCAGGAACAACCACAUCAGGAAGAACAGGAGCAACAACAACAGGAGCUACCACAUUGGUAAAAACAGAAGGAACCACUUCAGGAACAACAGGAGCAACCACAUCAGGAACAACAGGACCAACCACAUCAGGAACAACAGGAGCAACAACACCAGGAACAACCACAUCAGGAAGAACAGGAGCAACAACAACAGGAGCAACCACAUUGGUAACAACAGGAGGAACCACUUCAGGAACAACAGGAGCAACCACAUCAGGAACAACAGGACCAACCACAUCUGGAAGUACAGUAACAACUGCUGGACCUUGUGGUGUAUCCAUGACACGUCAACCAGUUGAUAGCAAAUUUAACCCUGUCACAACCAACUUACCAAGCUCUGAAGAUAUUCCCCAAAUUGGUGUCAUUGAUAAUUCUCGUGGAAAGCUCGAAACUAUUGACUUACCUAAUGGAGGCCAAGUGUUGGUUCCUGUAGAUGAGAGAACUUUUAAUCCUGUUGAGGAAUCCAAACCAAUAUACUUUACAUAUCCUAAAGAUUCUUCUAAUGAUGUGCCAGAAGAUAUCAAAAAUAUUCCUGGACUAAGUACAGUCUACAUAGUUAGUCCCCCAGGAGCUCCAGAUGAAUUUCUUGUACUGGUAGUAAUAAAACCUACAGAGUCAUUUACUGUUCCAGACAAAGGAACUCCUUAUAUCCCCUUGAAUGAUACAUCUAGUACAUUACCAAAACUGAAGGAGGAAAAAACUGUGUUUGUAGUAAUCCCUAAAGACACUACUGUAAAAUAUGAAGUCUGUGAAGAAAUAACAACUGCAACUCCCUCAACACAAUUUACAACAGAAGCAACCACAACAGGAGCAACAACACCAGGAACAACCACAUCAGGAAGAACAGGAGCAACAACAACAGGAGCUACCACAUUGGUAAAAACAGAAGGAACCACUUCAGGAACAACAGGAGCAACCACAUCAGGAACAACAGGACCAACCACAUCAGGAACAACAGGAGCAACAACACCAGGAACAACCACAUCAGGAAGAACAGGAGCAACAACAACAGGAGCAACCACAUUGGUAACAACAGGAGGAACCACUUCAGGAACAACAGGAGCAACCACAUCAGGAACAACAGGACCAACCACAUCUGGAAGUACAGUAACAACUGCUGGACCUUGUGGUGUAUCCAUGACACGUCAACCAGUUGAUAGCAAAUUUAACCCUGUCACAACCAACUUACCAAGCUCUGAAGAUAUUCCCCAAAUUGGUGUCAUUGAUAAUUCUCGUGGAAAGCUCGAAACUAUUGACUUACCUAAUGGAGGCCAAGUGUUGGUUCCUGUAGAUGAGAGAACUUUUAAUCCUGUUGAGGAAUCCAAACCAAUAUACUUUACAUAUCCUAAAGAUUCUUCUAAUGAUGUGCCAGAAGAUAUCAAAAAUAUUCCUGGACUAAGUACAGUCUACAUAGUUAGUCCCCCAGGAGCUCCAGAUGAAUUUCUUGUACUGGUAGUAAUAAAACCUACAGAGUCAUUUACUGUUCCAGACAAAGGAACUCCUUAUAUCCCCUUGAAUGAUACAUCUAGUACAUUACCAAAACUGAAGGAGGAAAAAACUGUGUUUGUAGUAAUCCCUAAAGACACUACUGUAAAAUAUGAAGUCUGUGAAGAACGACCUCCUGGAUCAGAAUCAACAAGUGUUUCUCAAAGUACACCAGCACAGCCAACUGAAACUGAAACAACAUCACCAACAGUUACUUUGCCAGUUGGAUCUAGUACAUCCUCUGCACCUACAGUUUCUGUAACUGAAACAGUAUCAGAAACAACAGUACCAUCCACAUCAGGAACAACAGGAGCAACAACACCAGGAACAACCACAUCAGGAAGAACAGGAGCAACAACAACAGGAGCAACCACAUCAGGAACAACAGGACCAACCACAUCUGGAAGUACAGUAACAACUGCUGGACCUUGUGGUGUAUCCAUGACACGUCAACCAGUUGAUAGCAAAUUUAACCCUGUCACAACCAACUUACCAAGCUCUGAAGAUAUUCCCCAAAUUGGUGUCAUUGAUAAUUCUCGUGGAAAGCUCGAAACUAUUGACUUACCUAAUGGAGGCCAAGUGUUGGUUCCUGUAGAUGAGAGAACUUUUAAUCCUGUUGAGGAAUCCAAACCAAUAUACUUUACAUAUCCUAAAGAUUCUUCUAAUGAUGUGCCAGAAGAUAUCAAAAAUAUUCCUGGACUAAGUACAGUCUACAUAGUUAGUCCCCCAGGAGCUCCAGAUGAAUUUCUUGUACUGGUAGUAAUAAAACCUACAGAGUCAUUUACUGUUCCAGACAAAGGAACUCCUUAUAUCCCCUUGAAUGAUACAUCUAGUACAUUACCAAAACUGAAGGAGGAAAAAACUGUGUUUGUAGUAAUCCCUAAAGACACUACUGUAAAAUAUGAAGUCUGUGAAGAAAUAACAACUGCAACUCCCUCAACACAAUUUACAACAGAAGCAACCACAACAGGAGCAACAACACCAGGAACAACCACAUCAGGAAGAACAGGAGCAACAACAACAGGAGCUACCACAUUGGUAAAAACAGAAGGAACCACUUCAGGAACAACAGGAGCAACCACAUCAGGAACAACAGGACCAACCACAUCAGGAACAACAGGAGCAACAACACCAGGAACAACCACAUCAGGAAGAACAGGAGCAACAACAACAGGAGCAACCACAUUGGUAACAACAGGAGGAACCACUUCAGGAACAACAGGAGCAACCACAUCAGGAACAACAGGACCAACCACAUCUGGAAGUACAGUAACAACUGCUGGACCUUGUGGUGUAUCCAUGACACGUCAACCAGUUGAUAGCAAAUUUAACCCUGUCACAACCAACUUACCAAGCUCUGAAGAUAUUCCCCAAAUUGGUGUCAUUGAUAAUUCUCGUGGAAAGCUCGAAACUAUUGACUUACCUAAUGGAGGCCAAGUGUUGGUUCCUGUAGAUGAGAGAACUUUUAAUCCUGUUGAGGAAUCCAAACCAAUAUACUUUACAUAUCCUAAAGAUUCUUCUAAUGAUGUGCCAGAAGAUAUCAAAAAUAUUCCUGGACUAAGUACAGUCUACAUAGUUAGUCCCCCAGGAGCUCCAGAUGAAUUUCUUGUACUGGUAGUAAUAAAACCUACAGAGUCAUUUACUGUUCCAGACAAAGGAACUCCUUAUAUCCCCUUGAAUGAUACAUCUAGUACAUUACCAAAACUGAAGGAGGAAAAAACUGUGUUUGUAGUAAUCCCUAAAGACACUACUGUAAAAUAUGAAGUCUGUGAAGAACGACCUCCUGGAUCAGAAUCAACAAGUGUUUCUCAAAGUACACCAGCACAGCCAACUGAAACUGAAACAACAUCACCAACAGUUACUUUGCCAGUUGGAUCUAGUACAUCCUCUGCACCUACAGUUUCUGUAACUGAAACAGUAUCAGAAACAACAGUACCAUCCACAUCAGGAACAACAGGAGCAACAACACCAGGAACAACCACAUCAGGAAGAACAGGAGCAACAACAACAGGAGCAACCACAUCAGGAACAACAGGACCAACCACAUCUGGAAGUACAGUAACAACUGCUGGACCUUGUGGUGUAUCCAUGACACGUCAACCAGUUGAUAGCAAAUUUAACCCUGUCACAACCAACUUACCAAGCUCUGAAGAUAUUCCCCAAAUUGGUGUCAUUGAUAAUUCUCGUGGAAAGCUCCAAACUAUUGACUUACCUAAUGGAGGCCAAGUGUUGGUUCCUGUAGAUGAGAGAACUUUUAAUCCUGUUGAGGAAUCCAAACCAAUAUACUUUACAUAUCCUAAAGAUUCUUCUAAUGAUGUGCCAGAAGAUAUCAAAAAUAUUCCUGGACUAAGUACAGUCUACAUAGUUAGUCCCCCAGGAGCUCCAGAUGAAUUUCUUGUACUGGUAGUAAUAAAACCUACAGAGUCAUUUACUGUUCCAGACAAAGGAACUCCUUAUAUCCCCUUGAAUGAUACAUCUAGUACAUUAUUAAAACUGAAGGAGGAAAAAACUGUGUUUGUAGUAAUCCCUAAAGACACUACUGUAAAAUAUGAAGUCUGUGAAGAAAUAACAACUGCAACUCCCUCAACACAAUUUACAACAGAAGCAACCACAACAGGAGCAACAACACCAGGAACAACCACAUCAGGAAGAACAGGAGCAACAACAACAGGAGCUACCACAUUGGUAAAAACAGAAGGAACCACUUCAGGAACAACAGGAGCAACCACAUCAGGAACAACAGGACCAACCACAUCAGGAACAACAGGAGCAACAACACCAGGAACAACCACAUCAGGAAGAACAGGAGCAACAACAACAGGAGCAACCACAUUGGUAACAACAGGAGGAACCACUUCAGGAACAACAGGAGCAACCACAUCAGGAACAACAGGACCAACCACAUCUGGAAGUACAGUAACAACUGCUGGACCUUGUGGUGUAUCCAUGACACGUCAACCAGUUGAUAGCAAAUUUAACCCUGUCACAACCAACUUACCAAGCUCUGAAGAUAUUCCCCAAAUUGGUGUCAUUGAUAAUUCUCGUGGAAAGCUCGAAACUAUUGACUUACCUAAUGGAGGCCAAGUGUUGGUUCCUGUAGAUGAGAGAACUUUUAAUCCUGUUGAGGAAUCCAAACCAAUAUACUUUACAUAUCCUAAAGAUUCUUCUAAUGAUGUGCCAGAAGAUAUCAAAAAUAUUCCUGGACUAAGUACAGUCUACAUAGUUAGUCCCCCAGGAGCUCCAGAUGAAUUUCUUGUACUGGUAGUAAUAAAACCUACAGAGUCAUUUACUGUUCCAGACAAAGGAACUCCUUAUAUCCCCUUGAAUGAUACAUCUAGUACAUUAUUAAAACUGAAGGAGGACAAAAAUGUGUUUGUAGUAAUCCCUAAAGACACUACUGUAAAAUAUGAAGUCUGUGAAGAAAUAACAACUGCAACUCCCUCAACACAAUUUACAACAGAAGCAACCACAACAGGAGCAACAACACCAGGAACAACCACAUCAGGAAGAACAGGAGCAACAACAACAGGAGCUACCACAUUGGUAAAAACAGAAGGAACCACUUCAGGAACAACAGGAGCAACCACAUCAGGAACAACAGGACCAACCACAUCAGGAACAACAGGAGCAACAACACCAGGAACAACCACAUCAGGAAGAACAGGAGCAACAACAACAGGAGCAACCACAUUGGUAACAACAGGAGGAACCACUUCAGGAACAACAGGAGCAACCACAUCAGGAACAACAGGACCAACCACAUCUGGAAGUACAGUAACAACUGCUGGACCUUGUGGUGUAUCCAUGACACGUCAACCAGUUGAUAGCAAAUUUAACCCUGUCACAACCAACUUACCAAGCUCUGAAGAUAUUCCCCAAAUUGGUGUCAUUGAUAAUUCUCGUGGAAAGCUCGAAACUAUUGACUUACCUAAUGGAGGCCAAGUGUUGGUUCCUGUAGAUGAGAGAACUUUUAAUCCUGUUGAGGAAUCCAAACCAAUAUACUUUACAUAUCCUAAAGAUUCUUCUAAUGAUGUGCCAGAAGAUAUCAAAAAUAUUCCUGGACUAAGUACAGUCUACAUAGUUAGUCCCCCAGGAGCUCCAGAUGAAUUUCUUGUACUGGUAGUAAUAAAACCUACAGAGUCAUUUACUGUUCCAGACAAAGGAACUCCUUAUAUCCCCUUGAAUGACACAUCUAGUACAUUACCAAAACUGAAAGAGGAAAAAACUGUGUUUGUAGUAAUCCCUAAAGACACUACUGUAAAAUAUGAAGUCUGUGAAGAACGACCUCCUGGAUCAGAAUCAACAAGUGUUUCUCAAAGUACACCAGCACAGCCAACUGAAACUGAAACAACAUCACCAACAGUUACUUUGCCAGUUGGAUCUAGUACAUCCUCUGCACCUACAGUUUCUGUAACUGAAACAGUAUCAGAAACAACAGUACCAUCCACAUCAGGAACAACAGGAGCAACAACACCAGGAACAACCACAUCAGGAAGAACAGGAGCAACAACAACAGGAGCAACCACAUCAGGAACAACAGGACCAACCACAUCUGGAAGUACAGUAACAACUGCUGGACCUUGUGGUGUAUCCAUGACACGUCAACCAGUUGAUAGCAAAUUUAACCCUGUCACAACCAACUUACCAAGCUCUGAAGAUAUUCCCCAAAUUGGUGUCAUUGAUAAUUCUCGUGGAAAGCUCGAAACUAUUGACUUACCUAAUGGAGGCCAAGUGUUGGUUCCUGUAGAUGAGAGAACUUUUAAUCCUGUUGAGGAAUCCAAACCAAUAUACUUUACAUAUCCUAAAGAUUCUUCUAAUGAUGUGCCAGAAGAUAUCAAAAAUAUUCCUGGACUAAGUACAGUCUACAUAGUUAGUCCCCCAGGAGCUCCAGAUGAAUUUCUUGUACUGGUAGUAAUAAAACCUACAGAGUCAUUUACUGUUCCAGACAAAGGAACUCCUUAUAUCCCCUUGAAUGACACAUCUAGUACAUUACCAAAACUGAAAGAGGAAAAAACUGUGUUUGUAGUAAUCCCUAAAGACACUACUGUAAAAUAUGAAGUCUGUGAAGAACGACCUCCUGGAUCAGAAUCAACAAGUGUUUCUCAAAGUACACCAGCACAGCCAACUGAAACUGAAACAACAUCACCAACAGUUACUUUGCCAGUUGGAUCUAGUACAUCCUCUGCACCUACAGUUUCUGUAACUGAAACAGUAUCAGAAACAACAGUACCAUCCACAUCAGGAACAACAGGAGCAACAACACCAGGAACAACCACAUCAGGAAGAACAGGAGCAACAACAACAGGAGCAACCACAUCAGGAACAACAGGACCAACCACAUCUGGAAGUACAGUAACAACUGCUGGACCUUGUGGUGUAUCCAUGACACGUCAACCAGUUGAUAGCAAAUUUAACCCUGUCACAACCAACUUACCAAGCUCUGAAGAUAUUCCCCAAAUUGGUGUCAUUGAUAAUUCUCGUGGAAAGCUCGAAACUAUUGACUUACCUAAUGGAGGCCAAGUGUUGGUUCCUGUAGAUGAGAGAACUUUUAAUCCUGUUGAGGAAUCCAAACCAAUAUACUUUACAUAUCCUAAAGAUUCUUCUAAUGAUGUGCCAGAAGAUAUCAAAAAUAUUCCUGGACUAAGUACAGUCUACAUAGUUAGUCCCCCAGGAGCUCCAGAUGAAUUUCUUGUACUGAAUGAUACAUCUAGUACAUUACCAAAACUGAAGGAGGAAAAAACUGUGUUUGUAGUAAUCCCUAAAGACACUACUGUAAAAUAUGAAGUCUGUGAAGAAAUAACAACUGCAACUCCCUCAACACAAUUUACAACAGAAGCAACCACAACAGGAGCAACAACACCAGGAACAACCACAUCAGGAAGAACAGGAGCAACAACAACAGGAGCUACCACAUUGGUAACAACAGAAGGAACCACUUCAGGAACAACAGGAGCAACCACAUCAGGAACAACAGGACCAACCACAUCAGGAACAACAGGAGCAACAACACCAGGAACAACCACAUCAGGAAGAACAGGAGCAACCACAUUGGUAACAACAGGAGGAACCACUUCAGGAACAACAGGAGCAACCACAUCAGGAACAACAGGACCAACCACAUCUGGAAGUACAGUAACAACUGCUGGACCUUGUGGUGUAUCCAUGACACGUCAACCAGUUGAUAGCAAAUUUAACCCUGUCACAACCAACUUACCAAGCUCUGAAGAUAUUCCCCAAAUUGGUGUCAUUGAUAAUUCUCGUGGAAAGCUCGAAACUAUUGACUUACCUAAUGGAGGCCAAGUGUUGGUUCCUGUAGAUGAGAGAACUUUUAAUCCUGUUGAGGAAUCCAAACCAAUAUACUUUACAUAUCCUAAAGAUUCUUCUAAUGAUGUGCCAGAAGAUAUCAAAAAUAUUCCUGGACUAAGUACAGUCUACAUAGUUAGUCCCCCAGGAGCUCCAGAUGAAUUUCUUGUACUGAAUGAUACAUCUAGUACAUUACCAAAACUGAAGGAGGAAAAAACUGUGUUUGUAGUAAUCCCUAAAGACACUACUGUAAAAUAUGAAGUCUGUGAAGAACGACCUCCUGGAUCAGAAUCAACAAGUGUUUCUCAAAGUACACCAGCACAGCCAACUGAAACUGAAACAACAUCACCAACAGUUACUUUGCCAGUUGGAUCUAGUACAUCCUCUGCACCUACAGUUUCUGUAACUGAAACAGUAUCAGAAACAACAGUACCAUCCACAUCAGGAACAACAGGAGCAACAACACCAGGAACAACCACAUCAGGAAGAACAGGAGCAACAACAACAGGAGCAACCACAUCAGGAACAACAGGACCAACCACAUCUGGAAGUACAGUAACAACUGCUGGACCUUGUGGUGUAUCCAUGACACGUCAACCAGUUGAUAGCAAAUUUAACCCUGUCACAACCAACUUACCAAGCUCUGAAGAUAUUCCCCAAAUUGGUGUCAUUGAUAAUUCUCGUGGAAAGCUCCAAACUAUUGACUUACCUAAUGGAGGCCAAGUGUUGGUUCCUGUAGAUGAGAGAACUUUUAAUCCUGUUGAGGAAUCCAAACCAAUAUACUUUACAUAUCCUAAAGAUUCUUCUAAUGAUGUGCCAGAAGAUAUCAAAAAUAUUCCUGGACUAAGUACAGUCUACAUAGUUAGUCCCCCAGGAGCUCCAGAUGAAUUUCUUGUACUGAAUGAUACAUCUAGUACAUUACCAAAACUGAAGGAGGAAAAAACUGUGUUUGUAGUAAUCCCUAAAGACACUACUGUAAAAUAUGAAGUCUGUGAAGAAAUAACAACUGCAACUCCCUCAACACAAUUUACAACAGAAGCAACCACAACAGGAGCAACAACACCAGGAACAACCACAUCAGGAAGAACAGAAGCAACAACAACAGGAGCUACCACAUUGGUAAAAACAGAAGGAACAACUUUAGGAACAACAGGAGCAACCACAUCAGGAACAACAGGACCAACCACAUCAGGAACAACAGGAGCAACAACACCAGGAACAACCACAUCAGGAAGAACAGGAGCAACAACAACAGGAGCAACCACAUUGGUAACAACAGGAGGAACCACUUCAGGAACAACAGGAGCAACCACAUCAGGAACAACAGGACCAACCACAUCUGGAAGUACAGUAACAACUGCUGGACCUUGUGGUGUAUCCAUGACACGUCAACCAGUUGAUAGCAAAUUUAACCCUGUCACAACCAACUUACCAAGCUCUGAAGAUAUUCCCCAAAUUGGUGUCAUUGAUAAUUCUCGUGGAAAGCUCCAAACUAUUGACUUACCUAAUGGAGGCCAAGUGUUGGUUCCUGUAGAUGAGAGAACUUUUAAUCCUGUUGAGGAAUCCAAACCAAUAUACUUUACAUAUCCUAAAGAUUCUUCUAAUGAUGUGCCAGAAGAUAUCAAAAAUAUUCCUGGACUAAGUACAGUCUACAUAGUUAGUCCCCCAGGAGCUCCAGAUGAAUUUCUUGUACUGAAUGAUACAUCUAGUACAUUACCAAAACUGAAGGAGGAAAAAACUGUGUUUGUAGUAAUCCCUAAAGACACUACUGUAAAAUAUGAAGUCUGUGAAGAAAUAACAACUGCAACUCCCUCAACACAAUUUACAACAGAAGCAACCACAACAGGAGCAACAACACCAGGAACAACCACAUCAGGAAGAACAGAAGCAACAACAACAGGAGCUACCACAUUGGUAAAAACAGAAGGAACCACUUCAGGAACAACAGGAGCAACCACAUCAGGAACAACAGGACCAACCACAUCAGGAACAACAGGAGCAACAACACCAGGAACAACCACAUCAGGAAGAACAGGAGCAACAACAACAGGAGCAACCACAUUGGUAACAACAGGAGGAACCACUUCAGGAACAACAGGAGCAACCACAUCAGGAACAACAGGACCAACCACAUCUGGAAGUACAGUAACAACUGCUGGACCUUGUGGUGUAUCCAUGACACGUCAACCAGUUGAUAGCAAAUUUAACCCUGUCACAACCAACUUACCAAGCUCUGAAGAUAUUCCCCAAAUUGGUGUCAUUGAUAAUUCUCGUGGAAAGCUCCAAACUAUUGACUUACCUAAUGGAGGCCAAGUGUUGGUUCCUGUAGAUGAGAGAACUUUUAAUCCUGUUGAGGAAUCCAAACCAAUAUACUUUACAUAUCCUAAAGAUUCUUCUAAUGAUGUGCCAGAAGAUAUCAAAAAUAUUCCUGGACUAAGUACAGUCUACAUAGUUAGUCCCCCAGGAGCUCCAGAUGAAUUUCUUGUACUGAAUGAUACAUCUAGUACAUUACCAAAACUGAAGGAGGAAAAAACUGUGUUUGUAGUAAUCCCUAAAGACACUACUGUAAAAUAUGAAGUCUGUGAAGAAAUAACAACUGCAACUCCCUCAACACAAUUUACAACAGAAGCAACCACAACAGGAGCAACAACACCAGGAACAACCACAUCAGGAAGAACAGGAGCAACAACAACAGGAGCUACCACAUUGGUAACAACAGAAGGAACCACUUCAGGAACAACAGGAGCAACCACAUCAGGAACAACAGGACCAACCACAUCAGGAACAACAGGAGCAACAACACCAGGAACAACCACAUCAGGAAGAACAGGAGCAACAACAACAGGAGCAACCACAUUGGUAACAACAGGAGGAACCACUUCAGGAACAACAGGAGCAACCACAUCAGGAACAACAGGACCAACCACAUCUGGAAGUACAGUAACAACUGCUGGACCUUGUGGUGUAUCCAUGACACGUCAACCAGUUGAUAGCAAAUUUAACCCUGUCACAACCAACUUACCAAGCUCUGAAGAUAUUCCCCAAAUUGGUGUCAUUGAUAAUUCUCGUGGAAAGCUCCAAAAUAUUGACUUACCUAAUGGAGGCCAAGUGUUGGUUCCUGUAGAUGAGAGAACUUUUAAUCCUGUUGAGGAAUCCAAACCAAUAUACUUUACAUAUCCUAAAGAUUCUUCUAAUGAUGUGCCAGAAGAUAUCAAAAAUAUUCCUGGACUAAGUACAGUCUACAUAGUUAGUCCCCCAGGAGCUCCAGAUGAAUUUCUUGUACUGAAUGAUACAUCUAGUACAUUACCAAAACUGAAGGAGGAAAAAACUGUGUUUGUAGUAAUCCCUAAAGACACUACUGUAAAAUAUGAAGUCUGUGAAGAACGACCUCCUGGAUCAGAAUCAACAAGUGUUUCUCAAAGUACACCAGCACAGCCAACUGAAACUGAAACAACAUCACCAACAGUUACUUUGCCAGUUGGAUCUAGUACAUCCUCUGCACCUACAGUUUCUGUAACUGAAACAGUAUCAGAAACAACAGUACCAUCCACAUCAGGAACAACAGGAGCAACAACACCAGGAACAACCACAUCAGAAAGAACAGGAGCAACAACAACAGGAGCAACCACAUCAGGAACAACAGGACCAACCACAUCAGGAACAACAGGAGCAACAACACCAGGAACAACCACAUCAGGAAGAACAGGAGCAACAACAACAGGAGCAACCACAUUGGUAACAACAGGAGGAACCACUUCAGGAACAACAGGAGCAACCACAUCAGGAACAACAGGACCAACCACAUCUGGAAGUACAGUAACAACUGCUGGACCUUGUGGUGUAUCCAUGACACGUCAACCAGUUGAUAGCAAAUUUAACCCUGUCACAACCAACUUACCAAGCUCUGAAGAUAUUCCCCAAAUUGGUGUCAUUGAUAAUUCUCGUGGAAAGCUCGAAACUAUUGACUUACCUAAUGGAGGCCAAGUGUUGGUUCCUGUAGAUGAGAGAACUUUUAAUCCUGUUGAGGAAUCCAAACCAAUAUACUUUACAUAUCCUAAAGAUUCUUCUAAUGAUGUGCCAGAAGAUAUCAAAAAUAUUCCUGGACUAAGUACAGUCUACAUAGUUAGUCCCCCAGGAGCUCCAGAUGAAUUUCUUGUACUGAAUGAUACAUCUAGUACAUUACCAAAACUGAAGGAGGAAAAAACUGUGUUUGUAGUAAUCCCUAAAGACACUACUGUAAAAUAUGAAGUCUGUGAAGAAAUAACAACUGCAACUCCCUCAACACAAUUUACAACAGAAGCAACCACAACAGGAGCAACAACACCAGGAACAACCACAUCAGGAAGAACAGGAGCAACAACAACAGGAGCUACCACAUUGGUAACAACAGAAGGAACCACUUCAGGAACAACAGGAGCAACCACAUCAGGAACAACAGGACCAACCACAUCAGGAACAACAGGAGCAACAACACCAGGAACAACCACAUCAGGAAGAACAGGAGCAACAACAACAGGAGCAACCACAUUGGUAACAACAGGAGGAACCACUUCAGGAACAACAGGAGCAACCACAUCAGGAACAACAGGACCAACCACAUCUGGAAGUACAGUAACAACUGCUGGACCUUGUGGUGUAUCCAUGACACGUCAACCAGUUGAUAGCAAAUUUAACCCUGUCACAACCAACUUACCAAGCUCUGAAGAUAUUCCCCAAAUUGGUGUCAUUGAUAAUUCUCGUGGAAAGCUCGAAACUAUUGACUUACCUAAUGGAGGCCAAGUGUUGGUUCCUGUAGAUGAGAGAACUUUUAAUCCUGUUGAGGAAUCCAAACCAAUAUACUUUACAUAUCCUAAAGAUUCUUCUAAUGAUGUGCCAGAAGAUAUCAAAAAUAUUCCUGGACUAAGUACAGUCUACAUAGUUAGUCCCCCAGGAGCUCCAGAUGAAUUUCUUGUACUGAAUGAUACAUCUAGUACAUUACCAAAACUGAAGGAGGAAAAAACUGUGUUUGUAGUAAUCCCUAAAGACACUACUGUAAAAUAUGAAGUCUGUGAAGAAAUAACAACUGCAACUCCCUCAACACAAUUUACAACAGAAGCAACCACAACAGGAGCAACAACACCAGGAACAACCACAUCAGGAAGAACAGGAGCAACAACAACAGGAGCUACCACAUUGGUAACAACAGAAGGAACCACUUCAGGAACAACAGGAGCAACCACAUCAGGAACAACAGGACCAACCACAUCAGGAACAACAGGAGCAACAACACCAGGAACAACCACAUCAGGAAGAACAGGAGCAACAACAACAGGAGCAACCACAUUGGUAACAACAGGAGGAACCACUUCAGGAACAACAGGAGCAACCACAUCAGGAACAACAGGACCAACCACAUCUGGAAGUACAGUAACAACUGCUGGACCUUGUGGUGUAUCCAUGACACGUCAACCAGUUGAUAGCAAAUUUAACCCUGUCACAACCAACUUACCAAGCUCUGAAGAUAUUCCCCAAAUUGGUGUCAUUGAUAAUUCUCGUGGAAAGCUCCAAACUAUUGACUUACCUAAUGGAGGCCAAGUGUUGGUUCCUGUAGAUGAGAGAACUUUUAAUCCUGUUGAGGAAUCCAAACCAAUAUACUUUACAUAUCCUAAAGAUUCUUCUAAUGAUGUGCCAGAAGAUAUCAAAAAUAUUCCUGGACUAAGUACAGUCUACAUAGUUAGUCCCCCAGGAGCUCCAGAUGAAUUUCUUGUACUGAAUGAUACAUCUAGUACAUUACCAAAACUGAAGGAGGAAAAAACUGUGUUUGUAGUAAUCCCUAAAGACACUACUGUAAAAUAUGAAGUCUGUGAAGAAAUAACAACUGCAACUCCCUCAACACAAUUUACAACAGAAGCAACCACAACAGGAGCAACAACACCAGGAACAACCACAUCAGGAAGAACAGGAGCAACAACAACAGGAGCUACCACAUUGGUAACAACAGAAGGAACCACUUCAGGAACAACAGGAGCAACCACAUCAGGAACAACAGGACCAACCACAUCAGGAACAACAGGAGCAACAACACCAGGAACAACCACAUCAGGAAGAACAGGAGCAACAACAACAGGAGCAACCACAUUGGUAACAACAGGAGGAACCACUUCAGGAACAACAGGAGCAACCACAUCAGGAACAACAGGACCAACCACAUCUGGAAGUACAGUAACAACUGCUGGACCUUGUGGUGUAUCCAUGACACGUCAACCAGUUGAUAGCAAAUUUAACCCUGUCACAACCAACUUACCAAGCUCUGAAGAUAUUCCCCAAAUUGGUGUCAUUGAUAAUUCUCGUGGAAAGCUCCAAAAUAUUGACUUACCUAAUGGAGGCCAAGUGUUGGUUCCUGUAGAUGAGAGAACUUUUAAUCCUGUUGAGGAAUCCAAACCAAUAUACUUUACAUAUCCUAAAGAUUCUUCUAAUGAUGUGCCAGAAGAUAUCAAAAAUAUUCCUGGACUAAGUACAGUCUACAUAGUUAGUCCCCCAGGAGCUCCAGAUGAAUUUCUUGUACUGAAUGAUACAUCUAGUACAUUACCAAAACUGAAGGAGGAAAAAACUGUGUUUGUAGUAAUCCCUAAAGACACUACUGUAAAAUAUGAAGUCUGUGAAGAACGACCUCCUGGAUCAGAAUCAACAAGUGUUUCUCAAAGUACACCAGCACAGCCAACUGAAACUGAAACAACAUCACCAACAGUUACUUUGCCAGUUGGAUCUAGUACAUCCUCUGCACCUACAGUUUCUGUAACUGAAACAGUAUCAGAAACAACAGUACCAUCCACAUCAGGAACAACAGGAGCAACAACACCAGGAACAACCACAUCAGGAAGAACAGGAGCAACAACAACAGGAGCAACCACAUCAGGAACAACAGGACCAACCACAUCAGGAACAACAGGAGCAACAACACCAGGAACAACCACAUCAGGAAGAACAGGAGCAACAACAACAGGAGCAACCACAUUGGUAACAACAGGAGGAACCACUUCAGGAACAACAGGAGCAACCACAUCAGGAACAACAGGACCAACCACAUCUGGAAGUACAGUAACAACUGCUGGACCUUGUGGUGUAUCCAUGACACGUCAACCAGUUGAUAGCAAAUUUAACCCUGUCACAACCAACUUACCAAGCUCUGAAGAUAUUCCCCAAAUUGGUGUCAUUGAUAAUUCUCGUGGAAAGCUCGAAACUAUUGACUUACCUAAUGGAGGCCAAGUGUUGGUUCCUGUAGAUGAGAGAACUUUUAAUCCUGUUGAGGAAUCCAAACCAAUAUACUUUACAUAUCCUAAAGAUUCUUCUAAUGAUGUGCCAGAAGAUAUCAAAAAUAUUCCUGGACUAAGUACAGUCUACAUAGUUAGUCCCCCAGGAGCUCCAGAUGAAUUUCUUGUACUGAAUGAUACAUCUAGUACAUUACCAAAACUGAAGGAGGAAAAAACUGUGUUUGUAGUAAUCCCUAAAGACACUACUGUAAAAUAUGAAGUCUGUGAAGAAAUAACAACUGCAACUCCCUCAACACAAUUUACAACAGAAGCAACCACAACAGGAGCAACAACACCAGGAACAACCACAUCAGGAAGAACAGGAGCAACAACAACAGGAGCUACCACAUUGGUAACAACAGAAGGAACCACUUCAGGAACAACAGGAGCAACCACAUCAGGAACAACAGGACCAACCACAUCAGGAACAACAGGAGCAACAACACCAGGAACAACCACAUCAGGAAGAACAGGAGCAACAACAACAGGAGCAACCACAUUGGUAACAACAGGAGGAACCACUUCAGGAACAACAGGAGCAACCACAUCAGGAACAACAGGACCAACCACAUCUGGAAGUACAGUAACAACUGCUGGACCUUGUGGUGUAUCCAUGACACGUCAACCAGUUGAUAGCAAAUUUAACCCUGUCACAACCAACUUACCAAGCUCUGAAGAUAUUCCCCAAAUUGGUGUCAUUGAUAAUUCUCGUGGAAAGCUCCAAACUAUUGACUUACCUAAUGGAGGCCAAGUGUUGGUUCCUGUAGAUGAGAGAACUUUUAAUCCUGUUGAGGAAUCCAAACCAAUAUACUUUACAUAUCCUAAAGAUUCUUCUAAUGAUGUGCCAGAAGAUAUCAAAAAUAUUCCUGGACUAAGUACAGUCUACAUAGUUAGUCCCCCAGGAGCUCCAGAUGAAUUUCUUGUACUGAAUGAUACAUCUAGUACAUUACCAAAACUGAAGGAGGAAAAAACUGUGUUUGUAGUAAUCCCUAAAGACACUACUGUAAAAUAUGAAGUCUGUGAAGAAAUAACAACUGCAACUCCCUCAACACAAUUUACAACAGAAGCAACCACAACAGGAGCAACAACACCAGGAACAACCACAUCAGGAAGAACAGGAGCAACAACAACAGGAGCUACCACAUUGGUAAAAACAGAAGGAACCACUUCAGGAACAACAGGAGCAACCACAUCAGGAACAACAGGACCAACCACAUCAGGAACAACAGGAGCAACAACACCAGGAACAACCACAUCAGGAAGAACAGGAGCAACAACAACAGGAGCAACCACAUUGGUAACAACAGGAGGAACCACUUCAGGAACAACAGGAGCAACCACAUCAGGAACAACAGGACCAACCACAUCUGGAAGUACAGUAACAACUGCUGGACCUUGUGGUGUAUCCAUGACACGUCAACCAGUUGAUAGCAAAUUUAACCCUGUCAUAACCAACUUACCAAGCUCUGAAGAUAUUCCCCAAAUUGGUGUCAUUGAUAAUUCUCGUGGAAAGCUCCAAACUAUUGACUUACCUAAUGGAGGCCAAGUGUUGGUUCCUGUAGAUGAGAGAACUUUUAAUCCUGUUGAGGAAUCCAAACCAAUAUACUUUACAUAUCCUAAAGAUUCUUCUAAUGAUGUGCCAGAAGAUAUCAAAAAUAUUCCUGGACUAAGUACAGUCUACAUAGUUAGUCCCCCAGGAGCUCCAGAUGAAUUUCUUGUACUGGUAGUAAUAAAACCUACAGAGUCAUUUACUGUUCCAGACAAAGGAACUCCUUAUAUCCCCUUGAAUGAUACAUCUAGUACAUUACCAAAACUGAAAGAGGAAAAAACUGUGUUUGUAGUAAUCCCUAAAGACACUACUGUAAAAUAUGAAGUCUGUGAAGAACGACCUCCUGGAUCAGAAUCAACAAGUGUUUCUCAAAGUACACCAGCACAGCCAACUGAAACUGAAACAACAUCACCAACAGUUACUUUGCCAGUUGGAUCUAGUACAUCCUCUGCACCUACAGUUUCUGUAACUGAAACAGUAUCAGAAACAACAGUACCAUCCACAUCAGGAACAACAGGAGCAACAACACCAGGAACAACCACAUCAGGAAGAACAGGAGCAACAACAACAGGAGCAACCACAUCAGGAACAACAGGACCAACCACAUCUGGAAGUACAGUAACAACUGCUGGACCUUGUGGUGUAUCCAUGACACGUCAACCAGUUGAUAGCAAAUUUAACCCUGUCACAACCAACUUACCAAGCUCUGAAGAUAUUCCCCAAAUUGGUGUCAUUGAUAAUUCUCGUGGAAAGCUCCAAACUAUUGACUUACCUAAUGGAGGCCAAGUGUUGGUUCCUGUAGAUGAGAGAACUUUUAAUCCUGUUGAGGAAUCCAAACCAAUAUACUUUACAUAUCCUAAAGAUUCUUCUAAUGAUGUGCCAGAAGAUAUCAAAAAUAUUCCUGGACUAAGUACAGUCUACAUAGUUAGUCCCCCAGGAGCUCCAGAUGAAUUUCUUGUACUGAAUGAUACAUCUAGUACAUUACCAAAACUGAAGGAGGAAAAAACUGUGUUUGUAGUAAUCCCUAAAGACACUACUGUAAAAUAUGAAGUUUGUGAAGAAAUAACAACUGCAACUCCCUCAACACAAUUUACAACAGAAGCAACCACAACAGGAGCAACAACACCAGGAACAACCACAUCAGGAAGAACAGGAGCAACAACAACAGGAGCUACCACAUUGGUAAAAACAGAAGGAACCACUUCAGGAACAACAGGAGCAACCACAUCAGGAACAACAGGACCAACCACAUCAGGAACAACAGGAGCAACAACACCAGGAACAACCACAUCAGGAAGAACAGGAGCAACAACAACAGGAGCAACCACAUUGGUAACAACAGGAGGAACCACUUCAGGAACAACAGGAGCAACCACAUCAGGAACAACAGGACCAACCACAUCUGGAAGUACAGUAACAACUGCUGGACCUUGUGGUGUAUCCAUGACACGUCAACCAGUUGAUAGCAAAUUUAACCCUGUCACAACCAACUUACCAAGCUCUGAAGAUAUUCCCCAAAUUGGUGUCAUUGAUAAUUCUCGUGGAAAGCUCCAAACUAUUGACUUACCUAAUGGAGGCCAAGUGUUGGUUCCUGUAGAUGAGAGAACUUUUAAUCCUGUUGAGGAAUCCAAACCAAUAUACUUUACAUAUCCUAAAGAUUCUUCUAAUGAUGUGCCAGAAGAUAUCAAAAAUAUUCCUGGACUAAGUACAGUCUACAUAGUUAGUCCCCCAGGAGCUCCAGAUGAAUUUCUUGUACUGGUAGUAAUAAAACCUACAGAGUCAUUUACUGUUCCAGACAAAGGAACUCCUUAUAUCCCCUUGAAUGAUACAUCUAGUACAUUACCAAAACUGAAAGAGGAAAAAACUGUGUUUGUAGUAAUCCCUAAAGACACUACUGUAAAAUAUGAAGUCUGUGAAGAAAUAACAACUGCAACUCCCUCAACACAAUUUACAACAGAAGCAACCACAACAGGAGCAACAACUUCAGGAACAACAGGAGCAACUACUUUGCAAACAACAGGAGGAACAACAUCAGGAACAUUAUUUACUGGAGAAAGUACAUCUAGAUUUACUACAUCUGGAACUAUCAAAACAACUGUUAAAUCCUGUACAUCAUCUAUGAUCGCUCAACCUGUUGAUGGUUCUGCAACAAGUUUAGCAACCAGUUCAUCUUUUAAUGAUAAUCCUCAGAAAAUAGAUUUUAUAAAUAAUCAAAAUGGUAAUAUCCAGUCUAUAAACUUAUCUCCUGGUUCAGAAGUUUUGAUUUCUAAAGAUAAGAUAACAUUUACUGGUAAUGAAACUCGAGAGUUAUAUAUUAAAUUUCCUCAAGGAUCAAAUGGAUUAUUGCCAGAUUCUUCCAAACUUAUUACAGAUGAUUAUGACACCACAAUCUGGAAAGUUAGUCCUUCAGGAGAAGUGCCUUUUUAUGUAGUAAAGUUGCAAGUUCUACCAACUGACAUCAUAAAAGUACCAUCUGAAGGAAAGCCAUAUACUCCUGAGACUAUUACGCCUGAAGCAUUAUCAACACUAAAUGCUGAGAAAACUGUGCUUGUGGUAUCUCUAAUAAACAAUACAGUUGAAUAUCAAGUGUGCCAAGAACAACCAACAACAAUAUCUGCAACUACUACAUCUACUACAAUAGAAACAACAGUAGUUGAAUCAACAUUAGUGUCUACACCAAUUGGAACUAGUACAUCCUCCUCACCUGCAGUGUCAGUAACUGAAACUUCAGUCACAACAGCAACUGGAGCAACAACAAUAGAAACAACAGUAUCUGGAGGAACAACAGUAUCUGGACCAACAACAUCAGGAACAACAGUAUCUGGAGCAACAACAUUGGUAACAACAGUAUCUGGAGCAACAACAUCAGGAACAACAGUAUCUGGAGCAACAACAUUGGUAACAACAGUAUCUGGAGCAACAACAUCAGGAACAACAGUAUCUGGAGCAACAACAUCAGGAACAACAGUACCUGCAGCAACAACAUCAGGAACAACAGUACCUGCAGCAACAACAUCAGGGACAACAGUAUCUGGAGCAACAACAUCAGGGACAACAGUAUCUGGAGCAACAACAUCAGGGACAACAGUAUCUGGAGAAACAUCAAAAUCUACUUCAGUAGAAAGUACACCAACAACCAUAACUCGUUGUUUACUAACUAUGUCACAGCAAAACGUUGAUGCUAUAUCUACUAAGUUCAUUUCUGGGGUCUCAGUUGAUGAUAAUAAAUAUAUAACCUUUAUUGACAAUAGUGACAAAAAGCUUCAAGCAAUAUAUGGUCCUUCUGAUUCAUUUUAUUUGAAGCCUAGUAAUGAGCCAGUAUAUUCUAUUCAGAAUUAUGAAGUGGUUUAUUUAACUUACGGCAAGUAUUUUUUUUUACUUUUACAGUAAUUUAAAUAUAUCUUU